ACCAAAUUAUCAAUUGCAAAGUGAGAAGAUACUUCGAGAGCGAGCAGUCGAGAAAUGGCGGCAAAGUUCACCGGCGAUCUCCGACAUCUCCAACACCCCUCUUCAUCUUCCUCCCCGGAAAUCUGUCUUCGCCUCAGAGAAGCCCUAGAAGCUUGCUCCAGCUCGAUGGGGACAGAAGACAUCAUCCAAUCCAAUGAGGCCGUCGCUCCCGUAACAAACCUUCUCCAUACCUUAAUGGAGUCCUCUACCUCCGAUGGGGAUGAAAGUCUGCCGGGCGUUGAAGGCUUAGAGGUCGCCCUAAAUGAGAUUUAUCAUUUUAUUUUUUCUGCCGAUUCGAAUCAGAUGGUGGUCGAAGCACUUUCGCUUGAACUUCCGAAGUUGGUCAUAACGUUUGCUCCUUUGUCAGUGAAGUGCGGGGAGAUUGCGGGGAAAAUCAUUGAAUGCUUAGUUUCUAUCUGUAAUCCCCGCGAGAUGCUCUCCGUUCUCUGUGAGGCAUUAACAUCUCAUGCUGAUGCUUCUGAUGCACUGGGAUGCUACAGUCAUUUUGUGUUUGGGCUCUCGAAAGUUCUUCUUCGUAUUCAGAGACGUCAUGUAGAGCAAGUUAAAGUGGCUUUGCCUGUUAUUCUUGGAGUUCUAACUCUUGCCUCGUCAGAGAGUGACGAAGAGGAUACAGAUUCUCUAAACAAAUUAUUCUCUGCUGCAAUUAGCAUUGGUUCGUCAAUCCAAGAAGUUUGCCAAAAGUUGCUGUAUCAGGAGGGAGAAAGAAAAGAAUUACUUUGUGCUAUACUUGGUCUUUACGUCCUGCAGAACAUUGCUCUUAUUUCAAGAGCUAGACAAAGGCAUAUUUUUGAAAGUUCCUCAACUGUAGCGAAAUUUUCUCAGUUCCUUCCAUUCUGCGGGCUAUCUUACCCUGGCCUUCUUACUGGGCAUUUUGAUAAAAUUAAUGAAAUCUGUAAAGAAGAAAGUGUUGUACAUGAUGAUGAUGAUGAAUUUAUUGCUUGCUUUUCAUCUGCUUCUGCCGGAGCUAGCCUAGCUGUCAUUUGGGGCCACAUUUCUGAUGAAGUUGAAAAAGCUGCUGGUGAGCAAUUAGAUAUUGUUGUUACUGAAGUUCGACAAGACCGUUUUAUGCGUUUGAAGGCUAUAGGGAUGUUCACACAUAUACUUAUAUCUGUUGAGUAUCCCUGGAUAAUAAAAUCCCAUUGUUUGGAUGUUUUACUAAGUAUGAUAGAUGGAAUUAUUUCUGAAGAGCAAAAUGAUGUUGAUGAUGACUUUUCUUCCUUUCUGCCUAAUCUAUUUACAUCUCUAAUGGCUAUUAAAAGCAUCAUGAUGGGUGCUCCAGAUCCCUCAUUAAGAAAGAAGGCUUUUAAUGCAUUCAGAAAGGUAGUCUCAGAGAUCCCAUGCUCUCAAAGAUUCGACACUCUGAAGGCUAUUAUUACUAAUAGUGAUUCUCCUUCCAUGGUAGCCAUUCUUAUUGAUAUGGUGAAAGGGGAAGUUUUGGUAGAUAAUCAUCCAGAAAAUUCGGAAAAUGCUCAAAAUAGAAAGGAAAUUUCAAAAUUUUGGGGUUCUAAUGCCCUUGAAAUUGUGGAAAUGGUACUAAGACCUCAUAAAGGCGGGCCUCCUUCCUUGCCAGAACAUAGCGAACCGGUCCUUUCUGCUCUCAACCUCUACCGUUUCAUAAUGUUAAUUGAGUUAACAG